AAGUUGUCGACAAACAUACAAAACAAGAAAGAAAAAAAAAAGACGGGGCGAUAUUUUGAAAGGAAUUUUCACCUUUGCAAAAGCUCAACCGUCUGUAUCUAAAGAAGACGAAGGGGAAGGGUUUGAACCUUGGAUUUAACAGACAAAUCGCCAUGUCGCAUUACAAAGCCUCCAAAUCGGAUGUUUUAGCGGCCUUCCUCUGAUCGCUGCGAUUCCUACAAGGUCAAUAUUUUACAGUUUGGAUGAGUUUUACGCUAGACUUUGGUGUUCUCAACUUGUGAAUACAUAAUGAUGAAGGACAGAAAAUGUCAGCUGUUACUCAUGUGACUACAGAAAUUUCAUCGAAAUUAGCGGGCUUCUCAAUCAGGUACAUAUCUCAAGGUUUUUGUUGUCUAUCAGACUUUUGCAGCGCUGCAUCCGCAAAAUGAAAGUUCUGUGCAAUUUACUAAAAGUGUGGCAGCAAAUAGUCAAGAUUAUUUCAGUAAUAAGAAAUUAGGUGUACAAGGUUCAUUGCACCUUGGGGGAUAUUUGAGGAGAUGAAGCGAGAUGAGUACUGUUUGAUGCCAGAUCCGAGAAUUUUUGCUUGUUUGGAGGCCUAUUUUGUUUGAAAUUCUUUGUUCCGGAAGCUUCCUUAAGGUUUUACUUUUUUUUGCCUGUACGACUGGAAAUUCAUACCGGUGGAGUCUUUAAAUGCAGCGGGAUUCCAAUAACAUAGUGAAUGUUUCUCGGAAUGCUUCAUUUGUGAAGGUUCCUUACAGAAGAGGAGAAGCAGCGCAAAUGCAGAAGUCAUGUAGUGUUUCUUGUUACAGUGUUGAAUCUGUAUUGGUACUGUUCUGGCUGACUGUCUCUUUGCUAGUUCUUCCUUUGAUUUUGCCUACUCUACCGCCUCCGCCAUUUAUAUUAUUGCUGGUUCCUAUUGUGAUAUUUGUUAUGCUCAUGGUAUUGGCUUUCAUGCCUGGCAAUGUCACCAAUACGGUAGUGUCAUCUGUUUGAUAAUACGUUUCUUCGAUGAAAGAAACUGCAACGGCUGUUCAAGAUGAGUUUUUGCUGAACGUCUUCGCGGCAGAUUGUAUGUUCUAGGUGGGCUCACACAAAUAAAAGGACACGGAGUAAUGCAGCGGACUUCAAUAUUCAAUUUAAUUUCGCUUCCGAGCUCUGGAUGUCGGUGAAAUAGUUAUCUGAACAUCAUGAAUGUUUCUAGCAGUCCUCCAUUUUUCAAGGUGCCCAACAGAGGAGAUGAAGCAACGAAAAAGCAGCAGGCAUAUGUUAUUGGCCACUUCAGUGUUGAAUCUGUACUGAACAAUCGAUGCCAACCAUGGGAAAGAACAAGCGAGGAAUGAUGGAACAACGAGAGGCUAAAAAGGAAAGACAAAGGAAACGUAUGAAAAAAUUACAUGACAUAAGAACAAUGGGAGAAGAAGGUAUGUCAUCAUCAACAUCUCAAUUCGAUUUACCAAACGAACAUAAUGCACCUAAUGCAAUUGAAGAAGAGACAUUUGAUUUACUAUAUGAACCUAAUGCAAUUGAAGAAAAUAUCGCAUUGAAUAAUCAAUUAAAUGAUGAACAUACACCUUCUCUAUUUGAUGAAUUGAAUGUACAUAAUGCACCGAUGUUAACACCUCCUAGAAUCAUUCGUAGGAAACCAAAGUAUCUAAUUCACAUUGAUGAGAAUAUAUUGAAGCCAAUGCCCAAUAAAAUGAAUGAAUGAACUUGUAGGAGAAUGGUUAAAAAUAUGGCAAAACUAUUUUGAAAACUUAAAUCAAACCGGAAGAUGUCAAUUAAUUGUUCAAAUGAUUAAAAAUUUGAAUUUUAGAGAGAUAAUGAAAAUUCUAGGCCUAAGAUCAUCUAAAAGUAACAGUGAAAGAACUAUUGUGAGAAAUCUAUUUGAUGCAUAUCAAGCUAUUGGUUCAAAAUCAUGUACUAAAGAUUUUAAUGCUACUCGACAUGUCAUUACAUCAACCAUAAUGAGCAAGAAAAUAAAAAGAUUGUUUGAUAAGAAAAACAAGUAAGUCAUUAAAUGUUAGUAGAACAACAUUAAGUAAAGCAUUAAAGAGGUAGGAAAAAAUAGAGGAACCUAACAAUAAUUCUCUUUGGGCAUUCUCGAGUAGACUAACAUGCAAAGACAAGGUUGUUGUUGAUGCACUAAGAACAUUAAUUGAAAUUUUUUUGCAUGACAACACAAGAGUUUCGCCCAAACAAAGAGAUGUUGUUAGAAGGUGAAUUGGGUCUACAAAUCACGAGCCACAUGGCAAACACUAUUUGGAUAUGACUCAAACUAAAUUUUAUGAAAGAUUCCUUCAAAAGUUUCCUCAAAUAAGAAUUUCUCAAAGAUUUUUUGAAAUGGCAAAACCUUUUUAUAUUAAGAUUAAUCAUGUACGCACCACGUGUUGUUGUAGGAUGCAUAUUGAAUUUUCCAUGCACUAUGAUAUUUUUCAUCAUAUUUGUUCUACUUUGCACACUAACAAUGUUUUGCAGGAAUGCAAUAUACAAGCACCUCCUAAGUCGAUAAGAUAUUUUAUUUCAAGUGUGCUAUGUAAUAGACAUGAUGGUUUCAUUUAUUAUAAGAUGCCUUGUUUGGAAGGUUCUUAUGCUAUAUGUGGUGGUUUGCAACAUUUACCAAGAUGCAUACAUUUGGAGAGCACACAUGAAAUUGGUACAAAACUAGUUUCUUUCAGAAAAUACAAGACAACCACAUAUGGAGUUAAAGAUGGAAAAGAUUUGAAGAGAUGUGAGCUAGUGAAAAAUGAUAUAUGUGUAGCUGAAUUUAUAAAAAUAUUUCAGGAGAAACUAGUUUAUGAGUACAUAAUGCAUACACAUAGAGCUCGAUGGUUAGAUGAGCAAUUCAAGUUAUGUAAGGACACAUUUCCUCUUGGCACCAUUGUCUCUAUCGUUGAUUUCGCUGAAAAUUAUGCACUACAACCUCAAAAUCAAAUGCAAUCUAUGUAUUAUCACUCUACACAAGUUUCUAUUUUUAUACACAUAGCAUUCAUGCAUGCAAGUGAUAGCACAAAGGAGGAUAGAAAGGUUGUAAGAGAGUAUCACUUCUACAUAAGUGAUGAUCAUACUUAUUCAUCGGAGUUUGUACAAGGAUACUUUAAAUUUUUCUAUUAUAGUUUAAGGGAAAGGAACAUACGAUACAACCGACACUUAAUAUGGUCAGAUAUGCACUGCAAAAUUCAAGAAUGCAAGGAUGUUUUAUUGGUUGAGAAGGAUGCAUAUGAAAAGUGGUGUACAACAUUUUUAGAAUUUCACUAAGGUUGGACAUGGUAAGGGAGAGCACGAUGGUGCAAGAGCAUGUGUGAAAAGAGCCCUAGCUAGAGAAGAAUUGAAGUAUGAAGGUGGUGUUGAGAUGAUAGAUGCAAAAAGAAUUAUGCGAUGGUGUAAGUCAGUGAUGGGUCCAAUUAAUCCAGGUACGUCAAUGGUUCGUAGAUAUUUUUGGUUGAUCACUGAAUCUAACAUUGAAAUUUUUCUAGAUUGUUGUAUAGUUGCAGGAUUGAGUGACAUGUACUCAAUUAUGAGUUCAAAUUCAAGUUCACUGGUAAUUUAUACGAGACAUAAGGUAUGUUUUUUCUCUUCAUGCAUGUAUUGUUUGUGGGAAGAAUGUGAAUCACAAGAGUGGGUUGACAAAUGGUCUUGUAGACCAUCGGUUCCCAUUGAUACAUAUCAAAUUCCUAGAGCACUACAAUUGAGCCAGAUGGAGACAUCAGUGGAUUUUGACCAUGUAUUCGACCUAGUGGAUUCAAGUGAUUUUUUGAGUUGAUUUUUUUGCAAGUAUUCUUUUUGGUUCAUUUUAUUGUACAUCAUACUUUAUUUUUGGUAUUAACUAACACUUUAUAAA